AUGGCCACGUCGCCACUCAAAAUAGAAACUCCCGCGAGUAAAUCGAGGCAUGAGGGCGCUAACCAAGUCGUGCUCGAGCCCGCUACCCCUCCGAGCGUGACGUUACUUCACGCGCCACGUGGGGAGUGGCAAGUGUAUGUCGGUCUAUUGGGCUUCCUCUUCUCGAGUGCAUUCGGCCUGGUUGGGUCAAAUGGUACUCCGCCAGUGCAAUUGGCACAUAACCCAAUACCUAUCCUGGCUGUUUGUGAUAAAUGCAAUACUUUUGCUGCGUCGGUUGAAAAUAUGACCAACCUGACACACGGCGACCGCGUGACGUUACACAGUGGCAUAACCCGCACCCUCUAUUACGUGACAGAUGAAUUAUCGGGUAGACGCUUUUGUCCGGCCAACAAAAGCACGCGACAUCAAGCUAAUUACCCGACUGCCGAAGGGCGGCCAUCCCCGGGGAGGGGGCGCCCCCUGCUCGGCUCGCCCCGCGUAGCCCGAAUUGCGCUUACGACG